AUGGCAACCGACGGUGCAACUAUGACCUUCUUCGCAUUCCCUCGCGAGAUACGGGAUCUCAUCUACACAUUCCUCACCCCAAAAGACAAGACCUACACCAUCACCUCCGCAAACACCGUCGCACUUGCAAAAGCCUUUUCCACUCUCGCGCCCGACCUCGGCAUCAUCAACACCUCCAAGACCGUGCAAUACGAGAUGCUAGAGACUCUCUGCCCCAACAACACGUUCAGAUUCUCGUUUCCGGGUUCGGACACUAAAACCCAAUCUAUGGACCUUGAGCUAGCAGAGCUCAUGACACAUAUCGAAAUCUAUAUCGACCUUGAACACUUCCACUGGGAAAGAUUCCGAGUAGGACGGCACGAUCACGAGAUCCACGGCAUUAGCGGACAGGUCUGCGAAGUUCUCCGCGUUUGGAACGGUCUUUCCGUUAGACGUGAAACCUGCAGAAUCACCAUCAAAGACGGCAUUUCAUUCAUCUCUCCGCUCCUUCGACUGCCGUUUUUGGACGCGGUCAAAACUCUGGUCGGACUUGAUACUCUACUGAUCAUAGUGCUGAAAUUCAAAUGGGAUCUGAGGAAGCUGGGGGCUGUCUUGGGGCCAAGUCUUGGACCUAGCACUGUCCACUAUAGGUGGCCUUUACUCGAAUAUGUCGACAGGGAUUACGGUUGCAUCAAAUUUCACCCGAGAAGGUCCCUGGCUGAACGGCUUGAACAGGCUGCCGGUGAAAAUAUGGCGCACUGA